AUGGCUAACAUGUCCCAAUCAUCGAGACCGAACACCAAGAGGAAGCAUGUCACCACAGCGUGCAUUUCUUGUCGGGAAAGCAAGAUCAAGUGUGACGGCGCAACUCCUUCAUGUUCCAACUGCACAACUAAGCGUCGAGACUGCCGCUACCAAGCUGGAGAGGACAAGCGCAAACUAUCACUGCGCGUUGCUGUCGACUUGCUGUCAAACAGAGUCGACCAGCUCUGCCAGUACAUCACUCAGAAUGGCCUCCAACUUCCACCAAUGCCCUCAGAAGAGGCCAAAAGUCUUACCCGGAUACUACACACCCUGGGCGUCUCAACGGUCCAAGUGGCUCUCGAACACGAAAAGACACCAUCCCUCGACCCAACUUUGUCGCUAGAACUGCAACCACUUGCGCCUCGCGCCCCGUCUGAAAACAUCCCGUUGCCACCAGACCAGUUACCCCUAGACUUCUCGUUGCCUUUCGACCCGUCUUCUUUUAAUCUGGGCAAAGACGCAAUCGACAGACAAGCUCCGCCAGUUCAAGACCGCUUGCUGAGUUUGACGGCGAGAUCGAUCGCUGAUUGGGACUGGAGCCCUUCUGAUGGCGCCAUCACAACUGGUGUUGACUUGGCCAGCGUCCGGGCCCCGAGCCACCCUCUCCUGAGAACGUACUCUGAAGGGGUUGCACUGAGCGACAAUGAAGACGACGACGCCGGUUCGAGCACCACAGAAGAGGACCUCGUCAACCAGUUGUCUGAUAGACUUGGUUCCCUACACAUUGGCCUCAAUGGCCGAAUCUCAUAUUUCGGACCGACAUCUAACUUAAGUUUGAUGGAGCUACCUGCCGGAGUUGAUGACUUGGCCGUGGAUCGGACUGUUCGCAACGAUGGCCAAAAGCAUCUUGAAAAUAUGGGCUACGGCAAGCAAGUGCCCGAAGGUCUUGAAGAUCAUCUGAUCAAUCUUUACUUUACUUGGCAGGAUCCUUUUCAGCACGUAGUGGACCGGGCGCUGUAUGAAGAAGCGAAGCACAGUUGGUAUGAGUGUGAGGACGAUACUCCGUAUUACUCCGAGGCACUCAGAAAUGCAAUGUGUUCAUUAGGCGCCGCUUUUGAGACACGAUACCACCCGAGCUUCAUAACCUACCCAAAGUCUCUUCCGGAUUUCUUCGCCGCAAGAGCCAAGAUUCUUCUAGAGAUCGAACUGGACUCCCCCUCAGUGUCCACAUUACAAGCCAUGAUUGUUCUUAGAAUGGCAAUUCGGCUGGCAUUUGAUUUGGCUCUGCACAAGGACAUGUCACCAUACGUUGCCAACGGUCUCCUGAGACCUGCCGAAGCCGAGCUUCGUCGCGCUGUAUUCUGGGGCGCAUUUACUAUGGACCAGACGCUCGGUUUCUACAGAGGCCGGCCUUUCCGUAUCAGCAUGGACGACAUCACAGUGGAAAAGCCGGCAGAAGGCCCAUCAGAUACGCCGGUCGAGCAAUGGCUUCCUUACAUUUCACCUCGUAGCAACGGGAACUCGCCAAUACCCUUGAAUGAUCACGGAGAUGCUGUCAGUCUUUACACAAUAGAGUUAUGCGAAAUCAUGGCACCCCUUGGUCACACUUUAUAUGGCAACUCCCGGAUCCCGGUGGACAUAUUACAGGCGCACAACGAAAGGCUUGUAUCAAGACUGUUUGUUUGGAAAGAGAACUUGCCACGCACUAUCCAAGUUGACCCAGAAGACUUGGAAGGAUCAUAUCUGCCUCAUGUUCUUUUGUUACACAUGCAAUACUAUCAAAAUGUGAUACAUGCCCACAGACCGUGGAUGUCGUCGAGCUACAUCCAACCUCAAGCCCCUCAGGGCCCUGGCUACAUGCACGCGCAGUACAUGUGCAUCGAGUCUGCAGCCGCGAUAGCAAAGCUCAUCCUGGUGUACGAACGCCAAUACUCCCUCAAGCGAGUCCACAUCCAAGGCGUCGCCAUCAUCUUCUCGGCGGCCAUCAUACUCAUCUUUGCAUCCAUAUCCCGCCGCAAACGGAAGAGAACAACGGAGACGGCGACGCACCUGAGCGUAUGCUUCCGGGCUCUGGAGGAGCUCUCGAGCUCCUGGGAGUGCGCCAAGCGGUCUCGGGACUUCCUUCUCAUGCUGCAACGCAAGUGGGAGCUGCGUUCUCGUCGGCUGGGUCAGGACGGUGCUGCGCGCAAUCCUGUGCUGCCCUCCCUCGAACUCGGAGCCCGACGGCAGAGCGAGCAGGCGUCCCGGAAGCGAGCGCGUACGGAUAGCCCGGCCGAGUCGAAGAGCACAGGUAGUUUCCAGAGCAUUUCCCCCGUGCAACCGGGAGAGCAGCCGCUUGGUGAACAGCGGGACGAUCACGACGGUGUCGAUAUGGAUAUGAGGUUGGAUCUGGACUGGGUGUUUGCCGCGGGAACACAACCUAUGCCGGACAAUUGGGACCAUCUUUUGACUACGGAUACCAUUUAUUUCAAUCCCAAUAGGACAGGUUAG